AUGUCUUCCAGAAGUCCCAAAGAUUUAAUUAAAAGUAAAUGGGGACCAAAGCCUAGUAACACCAAAUCAGAAAGUGCAUUAGGGAAACUUAAGGGAGAAAUUGCAGCCUUAAAAACAUCAGUGGAUGAAAUCACAAAUGGAAGAGGAAAGCUGACUGAUAAAGACAGACAGAAACUUCUAGAGGCUCUGGAGAAAAAUCAGCAGUGGCUUGUGUAUGAUCAGCAGCGAGAGGUCUUCGUAAAAGGACUUUUAGCAAAGAUCUCUGAGUUGGAGCAGCAAGCAGAAACACCUGCCCAGUCAUGCCCACGGCAGCCAAAACAGACUGAACCAGAAGGUUACCUCCAAGAAGAGCAAAAUUAUGAUGGUCAUCUCUUGGCCAAUACAAAAAAAAAUCUUGAGACUGAACGGCAGACCAUAACUCGGUUACGUUUUGAACUUAGUGAAUUAAAAAAAAAAUACAAAGAAACCCAAAAAGAAAUUCGAGAUUUAAAUCUACUCUUGUGUUCACAAAGCAAGGCAGAUGUCCAGCGUCUAGAAGAAGACAGGCAUAAAAUGGAGAAAAUACAAAAGCUCCAGGAAGAGAAUAACGCUGCUAGGGAGAAACUUGAAAAAGAGAAGACGCGAUCUGAAACGCUGCUGUCUCAGGUCCGUUUUCUUUACACAUCUCUGUUAAAGCAGCAAGAGGAGCAAACAAAAGUGGCUCUGUUGGAACAACAGGUACAGGCAUGUACUUUAGACUUUGAAAAUGAAAAACUUGACCGCCAAAACAUGCAGCACCAAUUGCAAGUAAUCCUUAAGGAGCUCCAAAAGGCAAGAACUCAAAUAACACAAUUGGAAUCUCUGAAACAGCUUCAUGAGUUAGCCUUCACGGAACCAUUAGACACUUUCCAAGGAGAGACAGAAAACAGACUGAAAGUUGCCUCACCAAAAAGCCCUGCUGCUCUGAAUGACAGUCUGGUGGAAUGUCCCAAGUGCAGUAUACGGUAUCCGGCCACAGAGCAUCGCGACCUGCUCGCGCAUGUGGAAUACUGUUCAGAGUAG